UUUGAUUUAGUUUGUGAUGACUCAAUCCUCGCCACAGUGGCAAGUAUGUUCAUUUUUGCUGGAUGGAUUAUCGGCAGUAUACUGUUUGGUUUCCUCUCUGACAGAUUUGGGCGCAAAGUCGCAUUCUUGGCUUGUGUUAUAAACAUUACUGUUGUUGCUCUCGCUGGCGCUUUUGUACAGAGUCUAUGGCUGUUUAUUAUCAUCAGAUUCUUUGUUGGAGUAGGUAUUGGUAAGUGAGGUAUUUCCGUUUUGAAUCUGCGAAGUAGAUUAUAUGCUAUCGAUGUGUUAACUGUUUUCAGUGUUCACUGUUCACUUAGCCAAUUAGCGACUAGUAUUACCAAAAAUUACGUAAUUCCAAAUCACAAAUAGGGUGUAUAGUGGAUACGAUGAGUUAAAGUGGUAUCGAAUCUUCUUGAAGUUUUUGGCGCUAGCUAGCUAUGAGUCACCGAGUCACCUAAAAAAUGUAAAACAUGCAGGAAGACUAAAUUAAGAAAGAAAAUAGACUGUAGUUUUCUCAAAGCGAAAAGAGCAUCCCUUCUUGUCUUACAGUGUCGUUAAAAGUGAAACGCUGAAUUACUAACUUCAGUAACAGAAGUGUGUGUUAUUAAACCACAAACAUUUUUCAUUGUGUACCUGUACUACCUGAUCAUGUUGGACCAAGGAUAUUUGUAAUUCAUAGGAUUGGAGAACAAUUGUGAGAUAGGUUAUAAAAUUAUAGUCAAUGUGUCACUGUUUACGUGAUUGAACUUUUGUUAAAAUUGCUCGCAGAAUAUAAGAAAUUAUUAUAGCAUUUUAAUGCCUCCUUCGUCGCUCGACUCAGUAAACCUAAAAUCCUAGUUAAGGCCCUUCUACAGGUUUUUUUCAGGUACUUUGGUUUUUUACUGUACUGUACUAUAAGAGUGAUCUAGUAUAAAUUAAGGUUCAAUGCUACUGUGCUGUUUAGGUUGCUUUAAAACUGCGCAAAUUUAAGACUCGACUAAGUUUCAUUCAUAUAUUCAUAUUUCUACAGGUUGUUCUGCCUCGUUAUUCAUCAUCCUUAGCGAAUUCUCAGGCGUGAAGCACCGUGGAACUAUGGGAGUUAUAUUCUGGUUCUCUUUCAUAUUUGCCUUAUGUAUAAUACCGCUGUACGCACAUCUUAUUCGAGACUGGCGCAAGUUGACGAUCCUAACGAGUUGUCUUGGUUUUCCUGCAUUUAUUGUUUGGUGGUAAGUUUACAAGCUUAUCGCAGACUUGCUAUACAGUGUGUCCCCAAAAAAGGCUACCCUUUGAAGUCAAGCGUUAGUGCCGCAUGUUCGAAUCUGAAUGCUUUAACUCCCUAAUGAUCCCUGGAAUGCGUAAAACGUUAUAGCAGAGCAUUUUUAUGCAUGCAUUGCAAAUUAAUUGAAAUUUGUUCCGCUAAAAUAACACAGAAUGGAAUGCAUGAAUAUACAUGUACAGUGUGUCCCAAAAAAAGGCUACCCUUUGAGGUCAAACGCUAGUGCCGCAUGUUCGAAUUUGAAUGCUUUAACUCCCUAAUGAGCCCUGGAAUGCGUAAAACGUUAUACUGUACGUAGUCAAUUAUAUUCAUGCAUUCCAUUCUGUGUUAUUUUAGCGGAACAAAUUUCAAUUAAUUUGCAAUGCAUGCAUAAAAAUGCUCUGCUAUAACGUUUUACGCAUUCCAGGGCUCAUUAGGGAGUUAAAGCUUUCAAAUUCGAACAUGCGGCACUAGCGCUUGACUUCAAAGGGUAGCCUUUUUGGGGGACACACUGUAUAACGUUUUACGCAUUACAGGGCUCAUUAGGGAGUUAAAGCAUUCAAAUUCGAACACGCGGCACUAGCGCUUGACUUCAAAGGGUAGCCUUUUUGGGGGGACAUGCUGUAUACGAGACAUUCUAAAACGACUUGUUAUAGGCUUUUGGCUGCAGCGGACGUGCGACAAGGCUGCAUCAAGAAACUGCAACAGUAAUUCAUAUUAGUGGAAUCAUACUGGUAUACUAUUGUAAAUGCUGUAAUUUGAUUGGCUACUCUACUGGCUAUCUAUUCCCCGAUAUAUAGCGAGUAGCAAAACAAUCAUUUUCCUGGCGCAUUUUUUGAAAAGAAUAGCAAUAUUUUAUGGAUUAUUGUGGAAUAUUUUCUGCUUGAUCUCUGACUCUACUAAAAUAAUUAGAUUACUCCUCUCGAGUUAUAUGAGGUGGUCGGUUCGGCCUUCGCCCUCAUCAAAUAUCACCUCGUAGAAAUCUCGACCUCGUAAUCUGAUUGUUAAAGUGCUACUGCAGCGAAUUUUUGGACCUAGUUUUUUUUAGCUUAAAUAAAAAUUCAGUCGUUUAGAAGCAUUUUCAUAUAUAUUUGACCAUCAUGCGAUGCUUAGAAGUUGCCUAAUUUAACCUCUGAAGUUGGGUAUCGCGUGCGAACUUUUCCGCCGCCAUAUUGAUGUCGUGUGACGUCAUAAGAUGAACGGAAACGAAGAUAUGAAGGUCGUAUUUGUAGUAAAUUAUAUGGCGCGUCAACAUAUUGCAGUGGAACUUUUGGCUAUUUCACUUGCUUAUGACGCAAAUAACUGAUUUUUAAAAAUCGAAGAACAAGUGCUAUAUCGUAUUGUUUAUUUGACGGCGGAAUGACGGAUAGAGACUCAGAUAAUAGGGUCAGUACUGCAUCUGGAACUGGAAGUCAACGAGUAUGGACUCGGCUAAGUCGGCUUUGAAAUACGAUGAUGCACCAGUUGCCUAACAGCUUUUAUACACCUUCACUAGACGAAGUGAUAGAGACAUUAUAUAACGCUGCUGCAGAUGGGCAACUACCAUCUGUCACUGUGUUGGAGCAAUCGAGCAAUGGUACAAUACCUGUAAAAUUAGUGGUAAGUAGAUCCUUUUUAUUGCAUAUAUAUUUAUAUUGUAUUGUGCUCGCCUCGGUAUUGUGUCUGAUUGUUUGAACACAUCUGGUGUGUGCAACUUAAUAUUUAUUAUAAACUGGAUUGUGCGUGACAAAAAUUAUAAUAACGUUUAUAAACACAACCAUAUUCAUAGCCUAAUAAUUCGCAACACUCAAAAUGAUUUUGAUUUUGUUUUUAAAAUUAAUAGAUAGCGAUACGUGUAAUUGGCAAUUUUGGGCUGUGGUUCUAUUGAUGGCUAGUUUUACUUGGAUGGGAAAACAGAAGAAAAUAAUUUCCAACAACAAAGACACAGCUGCCUAACGUUUGAGCAGAAAAGCGGUCGACUUUAGUUGGAUUAGGCAGAUUGUGACUGAGUCAGUAAUGUCAGUUAACCAUUGAGUCAAAAUUGUGCCACUGUGCAAUAUCACAUUUACUGUAAUAUUUUGAAAUUAUAUUAAUCUUCAAAGUAACCAGUUAAGUUGCAUCCCUCAUAUAUGUUUUGUGCACAAAUAUAUUUCUCACAUAAUAUAGCGUACCAGUACAAUAUUAUACUAUUGUAUUAUUAUAUUUAUUGUUACUUUAUAUUAUGCAAUAUGUAUUAUUGAUAUAACUGAAUAUAACUCCAAUGGCAUCGUUUCUCUCAAAAUGUCAUCAGAUGUCUCAGUGACGAAACUAGGUCAAGGCAUGCUGACUUGUUGUCUUUAUUUCAAUCUCAAGAUGCUCUGGACAAGAAACUAACUUAACAGGAGAUAGUCUUUUUACAACCACAAAUGAUCUAAAACAUAAGAAAUGUUGAACACUUUAGACUAACUAUAUAGCAUCAUUUGCGCAAAAUAUUCACCAUUUGUGCGAACAUAUUAAUUUGUUACCUGAAAUAUUUGCUUUGUGUCUAGUUGUACUUUACCCAGGGGAACAAUUCUAGCCAUGUGAAUUGUAUAAACAGUUUCUUCCUUCAGUAUUCUUUCCAUUUUACGAGGUUUUGUCAAUGAAAAUAAGAUAUAGCACGAAUCUUCAAAACAGGCUCAAAUCAAAACACUAGGUUCGCAGAUGCGUGAAAACCCGUGGUCAAUGUUUACGGAUAAAAUUCACUAACUUUCUUUCAAACUGUGGAUCUGUUUCUUUGUUGGGAAAUAGAUGCAUGGGUAUACCUUCAGGCUGUUCAGAAUUCGUGCAAUAAUCUAAGUUAGAACUGCCAGAAACACGGCCUUCGUCUCCGCGUUUGUUGGUUUUACUAUAAUUUUAAAUACGCCAUGAUGAAAUCGUGUUCAUCUUAUGACGUCACAUGGCAUCAAAAUGGCCGAUCAAAAGUUCGGACAGGAAGUGCCAAAAAUGGCCACUUUGGAAGGCUAUAAAAUCGGUUUGAAUUGACCAAUUUCAAUUCUGUUUGUGGUAAACUGGUCAGGGAGGAAAGCACUUUUAAUUAAGCUAAAAAAAUGAGGGUCGAAAAAUUCGCUGCAGUAGAGAUGGAUUUAAAUAUUCUUUUAUGCAAAUACUUAAUAAGCCUUCCCGGCCUCUUAAAUUUAUUCCUUCAUAAUACUACAUUAAUUGAACAGUUCGUAGCCAACUGUAGCAAACUUGGUAAAACAUAUUUUUGGCAGGCGAUAUCAGGUUUUGUUCGCAUGAAUACAUGUGCCCAACUUGUUGACAAGUUGUACACACCUAAAAACGCGCAAGUUGUUACAUAUUUGCGAACAAAUUGUAAAAAGGUCGUUGUCAAGCCGAUAUCAGGAUGUGUUCGCACUGCUUGUUCCCACUUGUCGUGACAAGCCUGGAACAAUUUGUUAUUAUCUUGUUACAAGGUUAAUGAUGGUAACAGACUGUCGGACUUUCUACAAGUUGUCACAACAAGACUAAUACAGGCUCUUCGUAACUAGUUGCUACGAGCUUGUUGUCAUCAACUUGUUAAAAACUUGUUGCGUGCAGACGAUAUCAGACGUGUUGGAACAAUUUGUUGCGAGUCUUGGCUUCAACAACCUUGUCACAAGAUGAUAAUAACUUGUUCCAGACUUGUCAACAACUGGGAAAAGGCAGUGGGAAACAUUUUGUUGAGAAGCUGUGAGAGUUUUACGCGUGUAGCAGACGCGUGCGCAGCAGAUUUUUUCAAUGUUGAUAAUUUAAUAGGAAACAGUUGCUCCGAGAAAUGAAAGAAUAGAAAUACCUUCUUUUUAAUAUUCUUUAGGAUAUUUCCAGAAUCAGUGCGCUACUACUUGAUCACAGGGAAGCAGGAGAAAGCGCGAGAAGUGUUGGAAAGAGUUGCGCGAUACAACAGAAAACCCAUGAUUGAGGAUAAACUGGAGCAAGUUGCCGCAGAACAAAAAUCUUCUUUGAAAGAUUUGUUUGCCACUCCAACUAUCAGGAAAUAUACAUUGUUGUCUUGUUUUAUUUGGUGAGUAGGCGAUGUUUCUCACUGAUUUACUAUCAGAUUUUUGUAUUGGUAAAUAACAGGAUUUUGAGCAUCUCACUUGAUCGAACUAAUAGACAACUUGUAUGUUAGACUAAUUUUUGAUUUAUGCAAAAAGAAAGUAAAUUCCAGUAAAGAGCUUAUUAAAAUCAGUAAAAUUGCAAAAAUUGUUACCAUUUUUGAGCCGAAAAUGUUAACAAUUUCCGCAUGUAAUACAAAUAUACUGAAAAUAUGCAAACUUCGCAAGGCUAUAUUUUCUGUAUUUUACAACAUUUCGCAACCAAAUUUUGCACUUUUACUAAUUUCAUUAUGUUCUUUUUAACUGUUGUGUUUGAUUCCCUUCUUCUUUACUUAGAUUAAAAUUUAAUCUAACAUGCAAGUAGUCCAUUGUCGAAGGGCUUUUUUAUAGAUGGAAAUUUUGAGUGUAAGUUCUAUCAUCUAUUAGACCUAACCGGGAACAGUUGCGAAAAAUUCAACUACAGUCUCUACCUCUGCGGCUCUGCGAUUCCGGUGCAGCGCUCUAACCAACUGAGCUACAAAGUGCAUGCACUAGUUGUCGAACUCUUACCGCAAGUUGUAUAAAGCUCGACAACUGGACUCUAUAGCUCAGCUGGUUAGAGCGUUGCACCGUAAUCGCAGGGCCGCAGGUUUGAUUCAUGCUAGAGGGCUCGUAGUUGCAUUUUUCGCAACUGCUCUUGGUUAGGUAUAAUAAUGUAUAAAAUUUACACUCGAAAUUUCCAUCUACAAAUUACCUUUCAACAAUUAUCUUUGUAUUAUCUAUUUUAGAAGUUUUUCCGUGCUUCGUUCCAUCCAAUCUGUAUUCCUUUGUUUUAGUUUCAUUCUUUUUUGUUUUCUUCGUUUCUUCCACCAUUUUCUUCCAUCUUUGCUAACAUCUUUUCAUUUACUAUUUUAAUGAUUUAUCUUUCACCAGCUACUUUUAUAUGUGCACAUCUACACGUACUCUCAUUUUCUUUCAUGUCUAAUUUUUCCUUCCAUCUGCCUUCUCGUCCUUGCUAAAUUAUUGCCUAAUCCUUUCAUUAAUCAUUCUAUUCUUUCUAACAUUCGGUGUUCCCUUCCAUCUACAUUUCUUUACAUCCUUUCGUCCUUUUACGUUUCUUCAGUCUUCCAUCCUAUGUUUCCUAACGCUUUGCCUUUCGUCCGUUGCUCCCUUUUCUCGUGUGUUCUUCCAUCCUUCUUUCCUACCUGCUUUCAUCUUCGUUUUUUUUCUUUCAAUCCUUCUAUUUCUUUCGAACCGUCGUUCUUCCUUGCUCUUAUCUUUCUUCCAUCGUCUCAGGCAUCUCAUAUUCUUCCUUGUUCUUCUCUUUAUACCUGAGUUGCCAAUUUCCAAAUAAUUUUUUAUCUCUCUUCUUUCCUCCCUACACUAUAUUCUUCUUUUCUUCCUUCCAUUUAUUCUUUCCUCAGAUUUUCUUAUUUUCUCCACUAAUCGUACUCUAAGAUUAUAUUUCGGGAAUCUUUCUUUUUCUAAGAUUAUAUUGUCCAUGUCAUUAUUCCCUAACUCAUGUUUACAAUUUUUAACAUUCUUUCUUCAGUACAUACUCUCUCUUUUCAACAGGUGUAUUGAAUCAGUUGUCUACUAUGGUGUCUCAUUUUCGUCUGUCUUACUUGGUGGUAAUAUAUAUCUAAGUUUCUUUAUCAUUAACUCAAUGGAGUUCCCGGCAACUUUUUUGACAAUUUGGACUAUUGAAAGGUAAUGUUACUUGCACCUUUUUGUUAUAUGGAGAUUAUCUACUUUGUGUGUGUGUUGUAUUCCCUGUUCUGUGUGAUAACACAGCAAAAGUGUUUUAUUAGAAAGGCUAAGAUACGCCGGUUCCAGUUUACUGCAUGCACAGGCGACAUACACGUACUGUACCCGUGAAUCGGGGUACGAUUUGCAACUUAAGAAGUGCAAAUUAAUCCGGGGGUAAGGAAAGGGUAUUAUUAGUUCGCUUAAGUUUUAGUCCAAUAUCAUUUCUCCAGAUUUGGCAGAAAAUGGACAACAUUGGGUGGAAUGAUCUUGGCUUGUGCCGCAUCGAUCCUCGGCGUCGUGUUCAGAAUGCAUCAGGAUUAUGUUUAUGACGGUAAGCUUCAUAUGAAACCUGGAUCCACCCGUAGGGAUAGUCUAGAGUUAUAGAGUUAUGCUAUUGAUGUUUAGGUUUCCUCUUAGCCGUAAUAAGUGAACAAGGGAUGUGUUAAUUGUCCUUAUUUGCAAGGUGAACCGGUUCAGCUGAAUUAGCUGGACGUAUAUCAACCUAAUUGAGUC